CAAGUGGAAGUUAUUGAUCUUGAAUAAUAGGUACCUGGGUAGUGUACAAAAAGACUUAUGUAGAAUUCUACUCAUAUUUCGAUAUAAUUCUUCAUCUUACUAUUUCUCUUAUCUUAGUUUCUGGGGCUUAGCUAUUAAUUACUUCUUGUUCGUGGCCACCUUUAGGUACCUGUUUAGCUGUUGCAAACUGUCCUAAACGAAAGACGUUGCCACAUAACUCACUUACAAGACUGACUUAUACAACUUAUACAUUAAGAGGUACCUAUUUAAACUCAAGCUGAGUGACUUUACUCAAUUAUACCCAAUUAUCAUCAACUUAUUUAUUUUUAUUUAUUUUAUUUUUUAUCUCAUUACUUUUACUCAACUCAAUAAAUAAGAUGGGACACUCAUAUCCGCAUAUCAUAAAGAGAGCUGUUAUUACAACUCUCCUCGCUUCAUCCGCUCUCUCAUUCACAUACGCAUCAUCAUCAUCAUCAUCACCAUCGCCACUACCAUCGCCACUACCACCACCAUCUCCUCCGGCCGAGUCGCCGUCCGCGGAGACGGAACUCAUAUGCCACACAGAUAACCCCGCGGAAUGCUACCCCAAAGUCUUCUCCGCUACGGAGGAAUUCCAGACCGUCCACGACGACCAGGAUCUUCCGCCUGGCUUGCACGUGCAGCUGGACAUUCAGACCGGCCAGAAACAAGCUAAACUCUAUAACCCCGCGGAGGACGAAAACCCGGCCCUCCAAGGCCUUCCCGUGGACCGUUCCGUAGUCGUCGUAGACCCGGAAGCACCCCCGGACAACAACAGCGACCAGCCCCGACCUCCCCCCGGCGCACCGGCCUACGAGCCCGUGGGCGUGGUCAAAGCGCCCAAGGAGAAGAACGAGGGGUUCGUCGCCGCUCUCGAGACGGUGAAGUCUUCCAGGAGCGGCGGUAACAGUAGUGCCGCCAAUCCCGAAGAGCUGGGUAAAGCGCUGGAAUACCUCGAGGACCUGUCCCACGACAUGUACUACGGGCUGCAGAUCGCCGAGGACCCCGACGCCCUGCACGCGCUGUUCUGCCUGCUCACGGCGCGCGACGACGACGACGACGGCACAUCCCAAACAGAGCGCCCGAUAUCCCAGCGCACGGACUUCCUCGCGUCCUCCAUCCUCGCCUCCGCGAUCCGGAACAACAAGCCCGCGCUCCGCGCCCUCGAGAGAUCGUGGGAUGAUCUUCUCGCCAGGACCUGUGAAUCGGCAACCUCUUCUUCUUCUCCUCCUCCUCCUCCUUCGUAUGAUCUGAAGUCGGCGCUUUUAGUCAAGCCGACUAAGCGCUCGGCGGAUAAAGGAGACGGAAAAGACAGAGGAGAAAAGGGGGAAGAAGAAGCAGAAGCAGAAGAAGCUUACGCCGCGCGCCUGCACCUCGCGGUCCUCGACGGCCUUCUCAAAAGCCCGCGCAUCGCCCGGCAAUUCCUCGCGGAAGACGGCAUGCGACACCUGCUGUCGAUGCUGCUGCGCGCCGACACGGACCCCGCCUGGGCCGCGCGCAAGGCCAAGGUCGCGCGCAUCGUGUCGGACGUGUUCCUCGACGAGGACCUCGGCGCCGAGCUGGGCGUGUGGCCGGAGCCGGGCAGCGCCGCGGAGGACGCGAGCGUGUGCGCGGCCGCGGGGCCCGAGGCGCUGGGCGACGGGUGCUGGGAGUACCAUCUGGAGCGCAUCAGUCGGGGCCCCGAGGCCCCGGAUUGGAGCGCGCCGUUGCUCGAGUUGGUUAGGCGGAGACGGGCGGAGCAGAAGAAGGGGGGGGAGGAGGAGGAGCCGGCGGCACAGCGGAGUUCGCGGGAUGAGUUAUGAGUUAUGAAUGAGUUUGGAAACAAAAGAAGAAGAAAAGAAUUAAACAUUAGAGAUACCUCUAUCACCUUGGCAUAAACUAUGCUUGACAAAAUACCUCUUUUUUUAAUCUUUUUUAUUUUUAUUUUUAUCUUCGGUUUACCCCCUGACGAAUACCCCUGGCUACAGCUCUCUUUACGAUGCGGCCGUAGCUCACUACAUAGAGGACAUACUACAUCUAGGUAUAUACAUACAUACCAAGUU